CGACCUCGUCGCACUGAUUAUUGGGAGUUGUAGUCUUGACCUUAGCGAGCAGACAUGGCGGCGUCCGUUGCAGGGGCUUGCGGAGCCGCAAGGGACCUGUCUCGAAGUUUUCGAGCCGUCAGGGGGCUGUUUCCUGCGCUAGCCUCCGUCACCUGGCGGGCCCGCGUGGGGCCGGGCCGACAGCAGAGCACCGGACCUUCGGAGCCGGGCGCGUUCAAGCCGCCGCCGAAACCGGUCAUUGUGGACAAGCGCGGUCCCCCUCGUCAGGAAAGGAGGUUCUUGAGUCCUGAAUUUAUUCCUCCAAGGGGAAGAACAAAUCCUCUGAAAUUUCAGAUGGAAAGAAAAGAUAUGUUAGAGAGGAGAAAAAUACUCCACAUUCCAGAGUUCUACGUUGGAAGCAUACUUCGUGUUACUACAGCUGACCCAUAUGCCAGCGGAAAAACCAGCCGGUUUCUAGGGAUCUGUAUCCAGAGAUCAGGAGCAGGCCUUGGAGCCACUUUCAUCCUUAGGAAUACUAUCGAAGGACAAGGUGUUGAGAUUUGCUUUGAACUUUAUAAUCCUCGAAUCCAAGAGAUCCAAGUGGUCAAAUUAGAGAAACGGCUGGACGAUAGUUUGCUAUACUUACGAGAUGCCCUUCCUGAAUAUAGCACUUUUGAUAUGAAUAUGAAGCCAGUCGUACAAGAAAUGAGCCACGACGUUCCUGUUAAUCAGCUGAAAGUAAAAAUGAAGCCUAAGCCCUGGUCCAAACGCUGGGAACGUCCAAAAUUUAAUAUUAAAGGAAUCAGAUUUGAUCUUUGUUUGACUGAAGAGCAAAUGAAAGAAGCUCAGAAGUGGAGUCAGCCGUGGCUUGAGUUUGAUAUGAUGAGGGAAUAUGACACUUCAAAAAUUGAAGCUGCAAUAUGGCAUGAAAUUGAAGCAUCGAGAAAAUCCUGAUUCUGAGACUCAGUCUGGUUAUUUGCAGAGGAUGUGCUGACUCCCAGAGGAUUUACUUAAAGACCAAUUUAAUUUUGUAUAUAAGGACAUAGUCAUCAAAUCAAUUAAACAUUCAUUAGUUUAUGAGUACUGUUGCAAAAAAAUAAAAUUAGCAUGUCAGUUUAUUA